AUGUCUGGCAGGAAGUGCCAAGACUUGGGCUUUGGGAUCAAGUUGCACGACCAAUAUGCGUUUGGGUCGUUCAAAGUCUUCAAGUCGCGGCUCGGACCAACGUUUGAGCCGCCCAGAGCUGAGUUCAGAGCUCGGACCGAACUCCUGAAGCUCAAGCAGGGUAAGCGUGGUGUGCACGCUUACGCGCAACAUAUACGACAUCUUACGAGUUGUAUAAGUUCCAAUCCGGUGGAUGAACACACGUUGGUUUCGGUGUUCAUGCAGGGUUUUGCGGAUGGUCCCGUCAAGACUCACCUGUUCCGACUUGAACUAGAUUCACUAGAACAAGCCAUUUCCAUUGCGGAACAGGAAGACUUCAGUCUGAGACAAGCUCGCGCCAGCUCGACAUCAUAUCGUCAACCGAGACGAUAUGACAACGGAGGUCCAGAGCCGUUGGAACUCUGUUAUGUAGAGAGCGAGAAGGCUCGCACUACAGACUACAAGAAGUUGCAAAAAUGCAACAGAUGUCAAAAGACAGGACACUACGCUUACGAGUGUAGUGCCCCUCGUCCAGUGUCUCGCAACACUGGGCGUAGUGACCUUCCACCCAUGAGAAAGGGGCAGGGACGCGGGUCCGCUGUUGGUGCAAAGACGCAACAACGGGAUGGACCGUCAAAAAACGGACAGGAUCAGUAG